UGGCUGCAGUCCGAUUGGUAAAGACGGUGAAGUGGCUUCCGGAAUGAAGUGGUUUUGUUUUUUUUUCCAAGUUAGCAUCUAAUGGGAUCUGGUGAAUAAGUUAUUCACACGAUCUCAUUUAAACUCGUUUUAGAGUCCUUCUGAAAUCAAGAGACCCAGUUACAAUUGCCGCACGGCCGGGAGUUGUGAAACAAAGAAUCAAACGAAAGCGGCCGAGAAUUGCUAUUGAGGUUGACGCGGCGCCUGGCGGGCAGUAAAAUGAGAGCGGGCGGGUGCGUGCUGCCAAGCGCUUGUCAUGGCGACUUACGUGAGUGAGCUGGAGGUGGCCAAGAAAAACCUGAGCGAAGCUUUGGGCGAAAAUGUGAAGCAGUACUGGGCUAAUUUGAAACUAUGGUUUAAGCAAAAGAUCAGCAAAGAAGAGUUUGAUUUGGAAGCUCGGAGGCUGCUCACUCAAGACAAUGUUCAUUUUCACAAUGACUUCUUGCUAGCUAUUCUUACGCGAUGUCAAAUCUUGGUUUCUGCACCAGAAGGUGCUGGCUCUCUGCCUUGGACAGGAGGUUCUGCACCAAAGCCUGGAAAGCCGAAAGGGAAGAAAAAGUUUUCUUCGGUUCGGCAGAAGUUUGAUCACCGGUUCCAACCCCAGAAUCCCUUGUCUGGAGCACAGCAGUUUGUGGCAAAAGAUCCCCAAGAAGAUGAUGACUUGAAGCUUUGUUCACAUACAAUGAUGCUUCCCACCUGGGGCCAGCUCGAGGGAAGGAUGAUUGUCACUGCUUUUGAGCACGGCUUGGAUAAUGUCACGGAAGAAGCAGUUACAGUUGUUGUCUAUGCUGUAGAGAAGCAUCUUAAAGAUAUCCUUACCUCUGUAAUAUCAAGAAGAAAGGCUUACCGUGUGAGGGACGGUCACUUCAAAUAUGCCUUUGGAAGCAAUGUCAAUCCACAGCCGUAUCUGAAGAAUAGUGUCAUUGCUUACAAUAACUUAACUGAGUGUCCUCCUACCUGCUUGGCUCCCCCACCUGGUCAAAACCUUGCUUCCCAUCUACCACCUGACGAUGCAGAGCAACAAGCAGCCCUCCUUUUGGCCUGUUCUGGGGACACCUCACCAGCAACCCUGCCUCCAGUGAACAUGUAUGAUCUCUUUGAGGCAUUGCAGAUCCACCGGGAAGUGGUCCCUGCCCAUACUGUCUAUGCCCUCAACAUUGAAAGGAUCAUCCUGAAACUCUGGCAUCCAAACCAUGAAGAGCUUCAGCAAGACAAAAUCCAUCGGCAGAGGUUGGCUGCGAAGGAAGGCCUCCUAAUGUGCUAAGACUGUUUCCAGUGCUGACUUUGGGCUGGACUAAUAUAUUUUUAAUGUGCCAGUUGGCAUUUUGACUUUAGAAUUUCAACAUUUGCAUUAUUUUAUGAGCACUUCCAGGUAGAAGUGUGAACAUGUUUCCCAUGGAAAUAUGACUCAAACUGAAGAGCAUAUAAGCCCUGAUUGCUUAGAAGAUCAACUACUUUGCUGGUAACUUUCAACAAACUGAAUAGCAUUAAUUCUGAAAAUCUUUCUGGAUUUUGCAGCAAAAACCACAUUUUUGUUUUCAUUCUGUCCUUAAUAUGUCAGAUGAUGCUCUGUCAAUCUGCAGCACAAAGAUGUUCCUACAGUCACCAGAUACUUAGGCCAUCAAAGCUACUGCUUUGGGUUGUUUUUACAAACAUACAUUGUAAAUAUACUACACAAAACUUUGUUUUGUUGGUAUUUCUUUUGUAUAACUUGGGUUUAUUACAUAUUGGAGAAGUUGGAGUUCAUUAAAAUAAACUUUAUUCUAAGACAAUUUUCAUUAUAAAAAUAUUUUUUCUUUAUAAAAACAGCAAUAUUUAAAUCUGUGAAAAGACCUUGAAAUAUAUAAUUGUCAUUCUGAUGAUCUUUUUAAGUAUAUUUUGCCUCUGGGAAAGUAAAAGAAUAACCAAGUUGUUUGCUUAGUUAUUCAACAGAAUUCAUAACUCUUUGAAGUGCAAUCUCCUUCACCCUACAUGUUUCACAGCAGAAAUAGAGAAUAGAGAUUUUUAAAAUUUGUGAUUCUGCAGUAGUUUGCAAUGUAUCUAAAUGAGGUAAAGAUUGCCAAACAGAAUGGUGAAAAGUUGCUUAGCCAUAAACGAUAGAUCCACAAAACCCAGAACUAGUUGAAAUUGUACCAUAGGAAGCACAUUUUUUGUUCUGCAGAUCUAGAGGAUGUUUCCAGUGCAAAGAAAAAUCCCCACUUAUUUCUAACAAAUAAAUUAUAGAAAUA